CCAUUGCAGGGAGAGAAGAAAGAGGGAGAAGAGCAGAGGAGGCUGGCUUUCCCUCCUGGAAAGGGGAAGUGAGGCUGGCUUUUCCGCCCUGCUUCCCCUCCCUCUUCCUCCCCUUGUGUUUCUCUCUCUCUGGCUGGAGGGAAGUGAAAAUGAAAUCGACUUUUCGGAGAAAUGAUGAAAGCGGCGCCGGCUGCCAAUGAGCUUCUGCGGCAAACUUCCGCACCUCUUUCUCCCCUCCUCCUCCUCCUCCUCCUCGUCCUCCUCCUCCCCGCACAAACAAGGCCUGGGAAGAAGAAGGAGGAGAAGGAGGAGAAGAAGGGGAAAGGGAAGGGGAGCCCGAGGAGCCCAGGAAGGGAAGAGGGGCGAGCCAAGGGUUUGGCUCCCCCCAAAGCCCGGCGCCCGCCUUGUUUUGCUUUCGAUCUGGAGUCACUCGAGGCGGAAUUAACUUUUAGUUUUGCUCCCGCCGCCAUCCAACCAACCCGGCCGCCUCUUUCCCUUUCCAUUUCUCGUCUCUUGGCAACCGAGGCAACCUUGAGGAAGGAAUAUUUGCACACCAUUCCGGGAAACAAUGCCGGUGGAAAGAAUGCGAAUGCGGCCAUGGCUAGAGGAACAAAUACACUCGAACAAAAUACCGGGUUUGAAAUGGCUAAAUGAGGAAAAGAAGAUUUUUCAAAUUCCUUGGAUGCAUGCAGCACGUCAUGGGUGGGAUGUUGAAAAGGACGCCCCCUUGUUCAGGAACUGGGCCAUUCACACAGGAAAGUACCAGCCAGGAGUUGAUAAAGCAGAUCCAAAGACGUGGAAGGCAAAUUUCCGGUGUGCAAUGAACUCCUUGCCUGAUAUUGAAGAAGUCAAAGACAAAAGCAUAAAGAAAGGAAACAACGCCUUCAGGGUAUACCGAAUGUUGCCAUUAUCUGAGAGGCCUAAAAAAGGAAAGAAACCCAAAUCAGACAAGGAAGACAAGGUGAAAUUAAUUAAGCAAGAACCAGAGGAGUCGUCUUACGAACUGAGUAAUGGGACAAGUCAACCAUUUUCUGAUUUCUGCUUAUCUUCCACAAUAAAAUCUGAAGUCGACAGUACAAUAAACAUUGUAGUUGUAGGAGACGCACACUUUGAGGUCGGUCCUGAUGAUCAUAUGAUAGUUUCCAAUCCUCCUGAUGUUUGUCAAGUGGUGGAAGUGACAACUGAAUGUGAUGAUCAGCCAAGCAGUAUGAGUCAACUCUACCCACUACAGAUCUCCCCAGUUUCAUCCUACGCAGAAAGUGAAACUACAGAUAGCAUCCCAAGCGAUGAAGAAAAUGCACAGGGUCAAGCUCAGUGGAAAAAGAAAAACGUUGGCAACAAGCAAUACUAUAGCAACUUGGGGAUGAGGAACUCCCCGUACCCACUUCCCGGUAUGGCUACUUUUGUGACUUCUAAUAAGCCUGACCUCCAGGUGACCAUCAAGGAAGAAAGCCGCCCACUGCCUUACAACAGCUCAUGGCCUUCUUUCCCAGAGCUUCCUCUCUCACAAAUAGUAUGUUCGGCUUCCACCAGUUUCAGCAGCAGGCCGCAGGAUCACGAGAACCGGGCAAGCGUCAUCAAGAAAACUUCAGAUAUCACUCAGUCGAGAGUCAAGAGCAGCUAAGCCACGAACCGUUAGGUUCUCGGCGAAUUCUGUAUCAUGGCUUUGAGGAACUCACUUUAACGUACAUUCGACGGAUUGAAGGAAAAAGCCUUGC